CGGGUUAUGAUGAUCGGGUUAAGUGUUAUUUGGGCGUUUUUUAAGUUUCACACACCCAUGCAAGCUUUAGACUAUUAUCCCAUCUUUCAGCUAUCAAUGCUGUAAUUGGCGUGAAUCUUGUUAUUUUUUAUGCAAAUAAUAAAACUGAAAGUAUUGGUAAUGUUUACGAAGUGACCACACCCCUCAGAGAUUAAGUCCCCAUUACUUCAGCCAUUCCUGGGAAAUCCACAAACAUCGCUAUCAUGGUUAAUGAAAAUAAUUUACAGUCACAAUCUCCUGCAAUGGAUCACAGAGAACCAGACAUGAUAACAGCAUUGUUAUCUGGAGGAGCAGCUGGUCUAGGAGUAGAUGUAACCCUCUUCCCUCUUGAUACCAUUAAAACAAGGCUACAAAGUGAGGCUGGCUUUAGGGCCUCAGGAGGUUUUAAAGGCAUCUACAGUGGCAUAGGUCCAGCUGCCAUUGCUUCUGCACCAACUGCUGCUACUUUUUUCUUAGCAUAUGAGGGUGUGAAACAGCUGUUCAGUGGUAAAGUGCCAUCAAAAUAUGAACCAGGAAUCCAUAUGUUUGCUGCAUCAGCUGGAGAAGUGGCAGCCUGUGUCAUAAGGGUUCCUGUGGAAGUUGUCAAACAGCGAAUGCAAGCCCGGAUGUACCAGUCAUCCCUCCAAGUUGUACAAGUUACUCUUCAACAGGAAGGCUUUAGAGGAUUAUACCGUGGAUACAUGAGUACAGUCAUAAGAGAAGUGCCAUUCUCCAUAAUCCAAUUCCCCCUAUGGGAACUGUUCAAAAAGUGGUGGUCAAAUCAGCAGGGAAGAUUGGUAGAUUCAUGGCAAUCAUCAUUAUGUGGAGCCCUUGCAGGUGGAAUGGCAGCUGCUAUAACAACUCCACUUGAUGUUGCCAAAACAAGGAUAAUGUUAGCUGAUCAUAAUAGCAGUAUUGCUAAAGGAAACAUUUCAAAUGCCAUGAAAGCAGUUUAUCGUCAGCAAGGAAUAUCAGGACUCUUUGCUGGAGUAAUUCCUCGCACAGUGUGGAUUUCCUUGGGUGGAGCAGUGUUCUUUGGAAUUUAUGAGAAAUCAAAAAAUUUUAUCCAAUCUACAAUUAAAGCAGAUAAAUGAUAAAAGAUUCCUUUUUAUUUUGUAAAUAUAAAUAUGAUUAAGUCACAAUCCCUACCUCAUUAAGAAAGAAAAGGGUAAUGACAAUUGUUGUAAUAUGUAGUUUUUAUAUUAUGAAAAGAUUACUUACAAUUUAUACCGAUUCAUUUUGUACAUAAAAUUUUAAUACAUAA